CACGCGAUAUCAAGCAAUGUCACCAAAAUAAAUUUAAUCUAUAAAGUUUAAUACGAGAGAAAAAAAAAACAAGAAUAAUUUUUUGCUUUAGUUUUAAAUCGUGGCUGAAAGUGAAAAAAUUUCGCGUUGCUUACAUUGUUACGUCGUUCGGUUUAUUUUUACCAAUAACGAUACAACUCACGUUCCUCUUUUUUUUUAAAACGCUGGAUAAACACCUUACGCGUUUCCCCCAAGAGAACAGAGGAGGGUAUGUGGGGCUCGCCGGUGUCCAAGGCGCCGAGUGCGCCCCGAACAUCGGAAUAUGCACUAAAAGACCAGCGGUACCCUUUCCGUCGAUCUUGCCGCUGGUGUGUUUGUGAAACCGUUGGUGCGACGGUAGGAGCUGCACUUCCCGCAGUACCGGAGCCAAAUGCGCUUAACAGCUAUUUACAUUACAUUCCAUAUUGUAGCCGUGAAAAGAACAAACAAGCGGAAGACGUGAUCGACCUCGGCGCCCCGCGCCUACCCCGCACCGCACACUCGUUACGGCCGCCUUUUUUUUUAACGCCGAAUCCUCGAUUAUAUCCAAGCAUUAAAAAAAAAUCGAAAACUCGACCGAUCGAGGAACGCUCGCGGCGCCGUAAACUGAAGUCGGUUCCCAAUCCACGCCUGUACCGACCGCCCCCCACUCGACCUCCCCCGGCGCCCCUGAGGCCCCGUGCCGCCUGGCCUGCGCCUCCCCCGCCUGCCCUGGACACGGCCUCCCGCGCAGCGCUGCACGUGUUGCGCGCCCGUCGCUUGCGCCGAGAGCGUGCGCAGCGAGCGGCCGGGGACGCGGCCCAGAGCCGCCGGCGCGCGCCGGGCACGAGUCCCCCGCUGGGCUCGGGCUCCUCCGGGCGGGCGACGCUGCGCGACCGGUCUCCGACACGGGUAGAAGCCGGCGUAAUGGCCGCCAGCAAAUACUCCACGAGCCCGGACUGCUCAGACGGAAACGAGGCAUCGUCCGCACCUAGCGAGUUUUUAGCCGAGUUUCUUUCGGCGAUAAUGCGGCGACAGUACGCGGAGGCACUGAAGUACUGCCAGCUGAUUCUGCAGUACGAGCCGCACAACAGCACCGCUCGCGGGUUCUACCCGCUUCUGCAGCACAAGCUGACCGCGCUGCACUCGCGCGCCGCAGACGAGACGAGCUCGAGCGAAGAUACUGGCUCUCGUUGUGGCGGAUCUCUUGAAGCACGAUUCAAACAGGUCACGAUGAGAAGUAAGAUGGAAGCAGAGGUAGAAGCAGAGGUGGAAGCGGAGGCAGAGGCGGAGGCGGAAGAGAUGGAGCAGGGCUCGGGCUCGGCGUGCUCUUCGCUGGAUCUGGACUCGUCCGCAUCGGGCGUCGUGCGAUCGUCCGACAGCACCGAGCCGUCUGAUAGCGCGUCGUGGCGCUGGGAGAGCGGCGGCGAGCGCUCGGAGCGCGACGACAACGGCAACCCGCCGCCUACGCACAGCGAGGGCGCGGCCGAGGAAGACGAGAACGACAACGCGCAGGCGCGCACGUAGUGUCGCGACCGCCGUCACGUGAUCGCUGCGACUCGUGUUACGUUCAUGGUUUCUUUACAGAUUUUGUGUUUAUGUAUAUGUAAUAUUGCACUGCAAAUGGCGCCCAAAGUGGGGCUCGGAACUCGCUUCGGCAGUUUCGACUUUGAAUCGUUUUAAACUUGAGCUAAAUUUAGAAACCAGAUGCAGGCAUAUGUGUCCGCAUCGGACUACCAUAAUGUAAUUAAAUAUGAUUUUAAUGUUAGAGGAUUUCGUAGUUAAAAUUCCGACAAAUUCUAACACUGAUACAUAAUAUCGAUAGUGCCUAAGUUAAAUCGAAACUAAAUUAUUAAAUUGUAUAUGAAUAAAAAUAUUUUUAACAAUAGAACGCAUAAUGAAAUAAUUUAUAUAUAUCGUUUAAUAUAUAUUGAUAUAUAUUUUUUUACAAAACUAUUGGCGGCCUAUUCAUUUCUCUGGGUAGGGAGCUGGCGAGCAUUUCAUGAUUUGUACAUGCUUCGAUAAGGAUUAAAGUUCAGAUUAAUACAAAUCGAUUUUGUGCAGUUAACGUCCGACGUCACUGGGUUUUUGAGUAAUAGAGCUUAACAUUUUAAAAGUGUACUUAACUAUUUGCUCUUGUCUACCUGAGUCUGAUGAUCAAAAUCAUCCUGGACACAAAAAUAACCAUGUGCGAUACAUCCAAGGCUCUGAGUUAUCGAGAAACGUACUUUUGAAAAUGUAAAAAAUAAGCUCUUGGUAAAACUAAAAUAAAAACAAAAGUUCAAUUGAUAAUUUUUAGACUUAAAUUUGUUUACUUAAUACAUACAUAAAAUCAGAGGCCUGGAUGGCUGUCUCAUCCAUUUUGUUCGUUUUUAUGAGUAAUUUAAGUAUCUCUCCCAGAGGCAGACAUGGGCAUAUUAUAAAGCAUAUCUUUUUUACAAGGUUUUUGUAGCGCUACAAAUUGUCAUUUUUCGGUGGUCUUUCACAAUGUCAAUAAUCGAAUGAUUCAGGUCUGCUACUGCACAUUAUAUAUAGGUGCACUGUAAAUACAUUGUAUUAAACCAAUGAAAAACGCGACACGCGUUGUCUACACGCAGUCAUACAUCCGUUCCUUUUCACACAUUACAGCUCUUAGCAGAGCUAGCCCUCGCCCACAGAUGGCGAUUACAAAACUCAGAACUGCGACUCAUCGAUUACACUAUUUAUUAUUUGUUGAUGUAUGGUUCAUUAUAGAGUAGACAGUAGUGCGGAAGGUAUAGAUACUCGUUGUGGCGGUUCUGACAUGUUACAAACGACUUUUUCUGAAUUUUAUUUUUCCUCAAUUAUAAAAAAUAAAAUAAAAAUUUAGACUAGAUGUUAUUACAAUAUAAUUUUACUUAAAUAAAUGAUUUUGCUGCAACAUAGCAAAUAUACAUACUGCCAUGAAAUUACAAAAAAAAAAAAUUACGUUCGAAUCAUAAUGUUUUGAAAAUUACUUUUACUUAAAAUAAUGCAAUUAAAUUAAUAUAAAAGCUCAGAAAUAAAUUCUGCAACUUGUUUUUUUGCUUGGCCGAAAAUGUCACGAGCGAGCGACACAGCUAUAUAUAGUUAACGUUAGGACCGGUAGGAAGACGUCUCAUGCUGAUGACGUGUGGACCACAGUAAAGGCAGAGAAUAAUUAAAUAAUUGGAAAAACUUAUUACUUAUUUCGUAGAAAUUAAUCGAUUUAUGUUCCCGUUGUUGGAACACUCAAGUGAAUAGGGAAUUGACACUAUAAUUAAUUAAUGAUAGUGGUAUGUUUUAUCAAAUAUAAACAUAAUCAAAAUGAUGUAAUAGGUGUAUCAAAAAAGGACCGUUUUUUAACUAAAUAUUUGUAUUAUUAUUUCUUUGAUAUAAAAUUCAAUUAAUACUGAAAGUAUAGUCCAUUGUUAUCAGCCGUCAUUUGCCAUCUGCUAGCCAAUUGCUCGAUUGUGGAAUCGAUAACAUUCCUUGGGAUGGCUGUCAAACAACUCUUGGACCGAUAUUUCAACUAACGCAAAAUUAUCAGCCCUUGAAAAAAAUGGUUUAUGGAUCGAAACAAGUAGUAAUCUGAUGGUGCGAGGUCGUGACUAUAUAUUGGAUGAGGUAGGAGUUCAAACCCAUGAAGUUCUUCAAACUUUUCUUUGGUUCGACGUAAAGUGUCAGGACGAGCAUUAUCUUGUUGGAAUAAAACUCCUUUUCGGUUGGUUAUCCUGCUUUGGAUAACGCUCUGACAAUUUGGCGUACAAUUUAUCCAGUUGUCGCCCUAGCCAUUGCUCACGGGUAUUCGGAUUUCGCCCGUAAACCCACUUUUCAUCAGAGGUACCCUUCCGGUAAAAUCUCAUACCGGAAGGGUUUUUCAAUAUUUUUUUUACAAAUUGCUAACCUCUUAGCUGAUUGCUGAUAAUAAUAAUAAUAUAAUAAAUAAGUUCGUGCGGGACCAGUUUACUGCUUUUUUCACCUUCCCCAUGGAGCGUAGAUGGCGACUUACAGUAUUUUUCGACACACCACACUCCCUGGCAAGUUCGCGAAUAAUUGUGGAAGAAUUUGACUCAACAGCUUUUGGGAAAACCUCAUAAUUAUCCAUUAAUGGUCGCCUGGAGCCCUUCUUCCUUUCCAACGUCGUAUCUCCACUGCUUAAUUUUUCAAACCAACGCUGCGCAGUGCACUGUUCAAAGACUCUUUCGCCUUCAUAUUUAAUUCACGAGUUGCUUCAGCGGCUGUAAUUUUUUUUUCCAGUAAUGCCUAAAAAUUACGAGAAUUUCGUAGGGCACAGUCAUAUUUCUUCUCUGAAACAAAUAACUAAACCAGGUUUUUAAUAAAAAAAAAGUCAAAUGGAAAUAAACAAGCUUAGAGAAUGCUCUAAAGUGAUUAUUAAGUAUUGGUAAGUAUAAAAUAAGAUUAAAACAUUUACAGACCUUUAAAUCUUGAAUUUGAUAUAUCGGUCAUUUUUUUUUGUUACACCCCCAUCCAUAUAUUGUUGUGUUACGGGCCUAACGUAUGUGUAUGCUCAGUACUAGACAUGCCGUAUCUCUCAUGCGUGAAGGAACACAUAGCGACAGUUGUUACAAAGUAUAAAUAGUAUUUAUAUUUAAUAGUGAUAUCAGAAAUAAUACAAAAUUAUCUUUGAGCGAAAAUACGAGACAAUGCGGUUCAAUGUCUGGCCAAUAGUAUGGGUGCGUUGAACGAAUUGAUUAUAUUCGGAACAGCAUGGGUUAGCUACCCCAGUGAUACUCCUCAUGUCACACUGCAGGCCGAAGAGUGGAGAGGAGUCUCUAUGCCGUCACGGGUGCUCAAGCUCAGAAUACAUGGUAUACCUGAUACGAGUGUCUGUAGUUUCCAUUAAAAUGUUUUAUAGAAGGUGGUGACCCUCGCAAAGUAGAAAGAGUUUCUUAUAUAAAUUUGAGAGUAUUAUUUGUAUUAGAUGGCGACACGCGCCAUUAGUUGUUCCAUAUGAGCUGAGUGCAACGAGAAGACUGAAUGAAGUGUUGACUUGUGUAACUAACUAACUGUAACGACGCCGGCGGCGGACGCGCGGCUCGGGCUCUUCAAACUUUGCCUCCGAUCGUCUCGAGUCGCGCACCUUCGCCGAUGCCUUAUUCUGUUAAAACUUCUUCGAGUUAUAUAAAUAGAUAAUCUUGUUUUUACAAAAUAAAGACUACAUUAUACUACGUGUUGUACGUUAUUUAUAGAUAUAUAGGUGUGACACGUGGCGGGUGCAGGUCACGUCAUCGUCGAGGUAUUAUCGCAACUGACUGUAUCUGGUAGAAGUAGGUUCUGGUAAUAAAUAACAGGAACACGUAGUAUUAAUACAAUGUUCUUUACAGCGAAGGAAAGAGACAUCCUCGUAUUUGUUAUAAAUUUAUAAUAAAAGGUUCUCUUUGUGAGUAGCUCUCAAUAAAUUUGGUGUGAUAGUA